AUGGCACCUACUCGAGUCCCUUCGCACCAUCGAAGGCGCUCAGCCAAUUCAUUGGAGGGCCAGAGAGGGACUCUGCGUACCAGUAAGGCAACCUUGCAUGGAGACAUUGGUAUUCGGGAUCGUCUCCAUCACUUCACGUGGGCCUCCUACAAUUUGACAAUGGCCACUGGAGGUAUAGCAUUGAUUCUGGCAAGAACUCCUCAUAGAUUCGACGGCCUUACGGUCCUUGGCGAUAUCGUCUUUCUUCUCGAUAUAGUCCUAUUUCUCGGUAUCUGCAUAGCGAUAUCGACUCGAUUCAUCCUCUUCCCAAAAGCGUUUAUGGCCUCUCUUCGACAUCCCACCGAGUCUCUAUUCUUCCCUACAUUCUGGAUCUCAUUAGCCAAUGUGCUUAACAAUGUGCAGGAAUACGGGGUGCCGAAAUGCGGCCCCUGGCUGGUUGUCACAUUGCGUGUCCUAUUUUGGGUAUACAUUGCUUGUACCUUCCUUCUGGCAGUGGGACAAUACUUCUUUCUCUUCACUGGCAAGCCGCUCACGAUCCAGGACUUCACGCCAGCUUGGAUUCUUCCUGUAUUCCCGGUGAUGCUUUCAGGAACGGUUGCGGCAAUCAUCGGCCCUUCUCAACCCCCAGAACAUGCUCUACCAAUUUUAUUCGCAGGCGCGACAUUCCAAGGUCUCGGCAUCAGUAUCUCGACGUAUAUGUUCUCGACUUAUCUCGGUCGUCUUAUGGCACAUGGUCUCCCGCGGCCAGACACUCGUCCAGGAAUGUUUAUCGCUGUUGGACCACCAGCUUUUACAGGUCUGACAUUUCUAGGCAUCUCUAAUAGUCUGGCAAACAUCUACCCGUCCUACACUACUGUGUCGGGAGUCAACCAUCCUGAAAUAAUUGCUGACAUUUUUCGUAUCGUGGCUCUCUCUGCAGCCAUCUUUUUGUGGGCAACAGCAUUCUGGUUCUUCAGCAUCGCCCUCGUAAGCGUACUUCAUGGUGUUUUUACACAAGGACUAACCUUCCACCUGGUGUGGUGGGCGUUUGUCUUCCCGAAUGUGGGUUUUACGAUCUGUACAAUUAAUAUUGGUCAAGCACUUAUGAGUGAGGGGAUCUUGUGGCUAAGCAGUGUGAUGACAGUUUUGCUGGUGAUCGUGUGGCUCUUUGUCGGAACCAUGCAUUUCCGCGCAGUGUGGAAGAAACAAAUUUUGUGGCCUGGGAAAGAUGAGGAUCAUGAUCAAUGA